AUGGCGCCCUCUCCAGCUGCAGGGAAGCCACAGACGGGCACACCAAAAACUCCCACGAAACUUGCACGAAAGCCUGGACAAACGCCGCAAAAGUCAACGCCGCAGAAGUCAACACCGCAGAAGCUGGGCCCAAUGAGUAAGGUGACAGACGCUACCCAGAAGCCCAAGAAAGGUCUUCAAUCCGCAGCACCCGAGCCCAUUGACGACGACGAAGAUGAUGCCGUGGAGGGAGCCCAGGACCAAAGCGCAGAAACCGCUCAGGACGCCGAGUCCGAAGGCGAAGACAUCGCUGACGAUACGACUGAAAAAGCUGGCGACACCAUCCAGUCUGCAGACGAUGAGAGCGAGAAGGCCGGAUCCAAGCAACAGCAGACCAAGGGCGGCAAGUCCGGCAAAGGCCUGCUCAGUGGAGCUCAGGGUCUGGCUGGCAAGGCGACCGGUAUCGUUGGCAAAGGCGCCAAAGACUCUGCUGCUAAGGCGAAGGAAGCUCCGACGGAGGCAACGGAGGGUGCUGAGGAGAGUGUGUCUGGCGCCACCGAUGCUGCGGACGACGCGACGGAGGAGGGCAAGAAGGUCGCUGGCGAGGGAACAGACGAAGCCGGCGACGAGGCUGGCGAUGAAGAGGACGAGGAGGAUCAGGCGGAGGACGCGGAAGAUGAAGACGAGGAAGACGGCACCAAGGACACUGCCGAGGAUGCUGCUGAGGAUGCCACUGGCGAGGAUGUCAAGGACGACCAAGACAAAAUCAACACCAACGACAUCAAGGUUCCCGAAGGCUUACCUGUUGACCUUUCCGUUCUCAAAGGACUGGAGGUCGACGAUGACGGCCAAGUGUACGAUGGAGAAGGCAACGCAGUCGGACGUCUCGCUGAAGGUGACGCCGAGGAUCUUGCUGGCUACCCGAUCGGAGACGACGGAGAGAUUCUUGAUGAUGACGGCGAUCUCGUUGGUCGUGUCGAACUCCUACCCGAGACUGUCCGAAAGCAACUCCAGGCCGCGCAGGAGGAUGGCGAAGAGCUCCCAGAAGGCGCCGAUGACUUCAUGAGCCAGUUUGACGCUGCUGAGGGCCAACUUGAGAACGCCGUGUCCAUUCUUGAGGGACUCACCUGCCAGAUUGACGGACUUGUCUACGAUGAUGAAGGCAAUACCGUCGGUCGUGUCGUCGAUGGUGACCCGCAAGAGCUCCAGAACGCUACACUCAACUCCCAAGGCGAGUUCAUUGAUGAGGAUGGAAAUGUCAUUGGCCACGCUGAGAUCCACGAGGAUACCGAGGAGCUCGUUGAGCAAGGUGUCUACGAGCCUGCAUCACAAACCCAAGCCGCUGCUCAAGAUACCGCCGAGGGUGCCGAGCAAGAAGGAGAUGAGGUUGCCGGUGACCAACUACCCGGCAUCGAAGCACUGCAAGGCAAAGAACUCAACGAAGCUGGUGAUGUUCUCGAUGAUGAGGGCAAUGUGCUCGGCGGAAUUGAGGACGAAGAGCUCCGACAGAAGAUCAUCGACGGUGAACUGGACCCGCAAGAGCUCAAGGUGGACGAGGAGGGCAACGUUGUCGAUGAGGAAGGCAAUGUUCUUGGCAAGACUGAACUUGCUGAGGGCGUGGCCGAGAAGCUCUCUGGCGCUCACACCAAACUCGACUUCCGCAUUCUCGACGGCAAGCGAGUGAACAAGAAGGGCAAAAUCUUCAAUGAUGACGGCGAAGAGAUCGGCGAGCUCAUCGAUGGUGAGCUCUCGGAGUGUGCUGGCGGCAAGUCCAACGACAAGGGCGAAGUCUACAACAAGAAAGGCGAGCUUGUCGGUCAUGUCCGCGUCACGCCCGGCGAAGCUGCGGAGGAGGCCACCAAGGAGUUACUCGAAGACCUCGGCGAGCUGCCAGAGGAGGGCGAGGAAGGUGCCGAGGACGCUGCCGAGGACGCUGCCGAGGACGCUGCCGAGGAAGGCGAGGAAGGUGCUCAGGACGUCGAAGAGGAGACUGAGCCCCAGAUGGAAGAGCCAUCGCUCUCGAUCCUCGACGGCCUCAAGGUCAACAAGAAGGGUCAAGUGCUCAACGAGGACGGUGAGCCAAUCGGAGAGUUGACUGCUGGCGAGCUGUCACAAUGCGCCGGCAAGAAGAUCAAUGAGAUUGGUGAAGUCCUCGACAAGGACGGCAACGUCAUUGGUCACGUACGUACCCUGCCUCAGGAAGUUGAGCAGUCCGAGCCCGAACCAGCGCCGGUCUCAAUUUUGGAGGGCCUCAAGGUCAACAAGAAAGGUCAAGUCCUCAACGAGGAGGGUGAGCCGAUCGGAGAGCUCACGAGCGGAGAUCUCUCCCAAGUCGCCGGCAAGAAGAUCAACGAGAAAGGCGAGGUUCUCGAUGCGUCUGGCAAUGUCCUCGGCACAGUCCGCACUCUGCCUGUCGAGGGUCAGGAGGAGGAUGAGGCUCCUGCUGAGGAGGAGGCCGCCGACGAUGAAGAGCAGGAAGAAGGUGGACAACAGCUUCCACCGCUGUCGACUUUGGAAGGUCUCUCGGUCAACAAAGCAGGCAAGCUGAUCGACGAUAACGGUGCCAUCGCUGGCGAGUUGGUCGAAGGUGACGCGAAGAAGCUUUCCAAGUCAGGCCUCACCGCAGACGCUGAGGGUCAAUUUUGGGACAACAAAGGCCAUGUCAUUGGUCGUGCGCAGACGGUGCCGCAAGAAGACCCCGAGCAGGAAGCACCAUUCGCCGGUCUUGAGGGUCUCCGUGUCGUUGAGGAAGGCUGGGUACAAGACGACAACGGCCACACCGUCGGCUACGUGACCGAAGGUGAUGCCAAGAAGCUCAUCGGUCGUGUUGUCGACGAAGAUGGCGAUAUCAUCGACAAGAAGGGAUCUGUCGUCGGCCAUGCUGAGCGAUACAUUCCGGAGGAGGAGGAGGAGGUCACCGAAGAAGCUCCAGAUCUCUCCUUCCUUCAAGGCAAGACUUGCACCAAGCAAGGUCUUGUGAUCGGAGACGAGAGCAUUCCCGUCGCUCGAGUGGUUGAGGGUACUGCCAAGGAUCUCGCUGGUCGAAAACUCGACGACAAGGGCCAAUUCUGGAAUGAUACUGGAUCCGUGAUUGGUAAAGUCGAGCUCAUUCCCGAGGCAGAGCGCGAGGCCAAGCCGGAGGGUCCUUUCGCUGGGCUCGAUGACUUGAGAGUCAUUGAGGGUGGCAAGAUCGCCGAUGAGGACGGAAACGUCGUCGGUGAGAUUGUCGAAGGCAACCCGAAGCGCCUCGUUGGUCUUUCAGUCGAUGAGGAUGGAGAUAUCGUCGACAAGUACGGAAAUGAGACUCCCAUCGACAACAGCCCACUCGAGGGCAAGUAUCUCAACAAGCAAGGAUACGUCGUUGAUGAGAAGGGCAUUCCUUUCGGUCGCCUGGUCGAGGGCAAUGUUUCCGAGCUCGCUGGCAGGAAGUGCGAUGAGAAUGGAUACAUUUACGGCGACACGGGCAAGGUGGUGGGGAAGUGCGAGGUCUUGCCUGAGAACGAGAGAGUCGCUCGUCCGGAAGGCCCAUUCGCUGGCUUGGAGGGACUUCGCGUCGUCAAGGGCGGAUACGUCGAGGAUGAUGAUGGCAACACUGUUGGCCAAAUUACCGAGGGAGAUCCGAAGAAGCUGGUUGGUCUUCAUGUCGACGAGGACGGUGAUAUCAUCGACAAGUAUGGCAAUGUCAAGGGACAUGCGGAUCCAUGGUCUGAGGAAGAGCAAGCAGAAGCGGAUCUUUCGGCGUUGGCUGGCACCACCAUCAAUAAAGCUGGAUAUGCAGUCGAUGGCAAUGGGCAAGUCCUCGGUCGAGUUGUUGAGGGAGACCACAACAUCAUGGUCGGAAAGAAGGUCGAUGGCAAGGGUCAGAUCUGGGACAACGCUGGCAAUGUCAUCGGUAAGGCCGAGCUCACUCACGGCGCUGGUGGUGAGGAAGGACCAUUCGCUGGAUUUGAGAACCUCGAGAUCAACAAGGACGGCACUGUCACCACUCAGAACGGUGACAUUGUCGGCCGUGUUAUCGAAGGUGACAUCAAGAAGCUCCUCGGCCGUACUGUCGACGAGGACGGCGAGAUUCUGGACAAGAACGGCAACUCCAUUGGCAAGGCUGAGCGAUGGGAGCCGGAUGAGAAGGAGCGCCGCGUCAAUCCAAUGUCAGGGUACCGUGUCAACAAGGAGGGUGAAGUCCGCGACGAUAAUGGUGAUCUCUUGGGCAAGCUCACCAGUGGCGAUCUGGGUCACUGCGUCGGUCAAGAGAUUGAUGACGCUGGGAACGUCGUCGAUGUCGAAGGCAAUAAGAUCGGCGAGGUCACACUCAUGGAGAACAUUGCUGAAGAUGAGUACGAAGGCCCUACCGAGGAGGAGCUGGAGGAGGCUCGCAAGCGCGAGGAGGAGCGUGAGAUCGCCGGCAAAAUGGCGUCCAUCUGCUCGCAGACUCUCGAGCGCGUGCAGCCAAUCUGCAAGCAAAUCACCGACCACAUGGAGAAGGCCGAUGCCACGCCCAAGGACGAGCUUGAUGAGGAAGAGCUCGUCAACAACGUCAAGCCGCUCAUCGAGGAGGCCGGCCGCGUCCUCCAAGAAUGCAAUGGCUCUCUUCGUGGGCUGGAUCCCGAUGGCAAGAUCGCUGCCCAAGCCAAGGGUCGCUCAGGAACUGGCGAGGCCACUCCAGAGGAGCAUCGUCUCGCGGAGACCCUCAAGGAGAUCACCACCUCGGUCGUCACCACGAUCGACAACGCCAAGAAGAAGCUCAACAACAUGCCUCAUGCGAAGAAGAAGCUCAACCCGCUCUGGGGCUUGAUGACUCAACCACUGUUCCAGAUCCUCGCUGCCGUCGGUCUCUUGCUGGCUGGUGUGCUCGGUCUGGUCGGACAAUUGCUCAACGGACUCGGACUCGGCGGUCUCGUCAACGGUCUUCUCGGUGGCCUCGGCAUCAACAAACUUCUCUCUUCAUUCGGCCUCAAGGACGACAAGAAAGACGGCAAGAAGAAGGGCAACGCCCUCAGCAACCUUCCGAUCGUUGGUGGUAUGUUGGGUGGUAAGUAAACCUCAAGAUGCGAGGUCACUGUCAAGCACAAGCACAAGCACGCAAUCCUCUCCAUCUUGCACAUUGCACCUAAUAUGGCAGUGUGGCCAUGCUCCAAUCUCACCCUUCCAUUCAUCUCGGGGAGUUGCUUCGAGGAAGCCCGCGUAUUGAAUCAUCUAAUUCAUCUUCCUUCGCAUCAGCUGUGACAGGUUCAAACAACAGCAAAGACGACUCCAGCAAAAAGGAUCGAGAUGGAAAGGAGGCGGCGGAGGAGACGGAGGAAGCGUUGGAUGAUUUGAAAAAGAUUGGCGGCCCAGUGGUUGUGGCUGUCGAAGCUUGAUGAACAUUUCCUUGGGUACGAGCUUUUCUUUGUUGGCAGCGAGCGAGCGGGUGCCUCUUGGAUUUCUGGUAAUGGAAAAUGUGCUGGGAGCGAUGUGUGUUAUUUGGACAUUUGUAUGUACAUCAUUUUAUGGCAUUUCUCGUCUCGGUCAG